GCAUGUAUACAUAAAUGAUCUGGAUGACGAGGCGAGUUGAAGACCGUGCAAGCGAUAAUUUGAUUAAAAUUAAAUAUAUUUGUGUAUACUGGUAAUCAGGCUCUGAUACUUGCAAAUUGCUCGAGUAUAAAAUAACCUAGGUAGGUAGGGAGAUGAAUGUACUCUUACUUCAUAAAGAAAUUAUUUCAUUGCGCAGAGUUUCAAAAACGUUUUUUGGUCGUUUUGUGAUUAUUAGUAUGUGUAUUCUAUUGAAGUUUAUUAUUAUUUACAUAGUUGUUUUAGACUCCUAUAGCUAUACCGCAGCUUACAAUUAUUUCUGCGGCAAUGAUGAUUGGUGUGAGAAAGGAAAGCAUAUUAUGUGUGAUCCAUCGGCAAUUGAAAACAUAGGUAAAUUUAAACGACAUAUGCCAUCGACUUUUAAAAUUAGAUAUAUGUUUUUGGAGCUUCACAACCAGCUUCGUAAUGAAGUAGCUGGUCAGGUGAAAGCAACACGCAUGCGAAACUUCAUUUGGGACAGUGAGCUAGCAUACCUGGCUCGUACAUACACUGGUUUAUGCCCAAGCAAACCGAGCGAAUGUCAUAAAACGGCACGUUUUGAAAAAGUUGGCCUCAAUUCAGCAAUGCAAGAUGGAUUAAAUCGAAUAUCAUUAGACACACUAAUGACGACUACAUUCAAUAAAUGGAAAAAGGAUGAUUCUACUUUUUACAAAGUGCUCACCCUCGAUCAGGCGUCGCGUGUGGGGUGUGCCAUAGGUUAUUGUGUAGACUGCCCGGAAGGUAAAAUUCAUUGUUAUUUCAUAUCUUGCUAUUAUGAUAUGGAUUAUAAAGAGGGCGUAGAAAUAAAUAAGGGAGAAAAAGCGGCUUCGAAAUGCAACGUUUGGAACUCGGUUCAGGACGAAAAAUAUACAAACCUCUGCCGUAACACAGGAAAAAUAUUUUAGAAAAUACAUGAAACUUAAUUAAUUUAUGGA